AUGUGGGGGCUGGCACUGGCCAAAUCCGAGAUUGAGCGCCUGAACGAAGAGAACAAGCAGCUCAAGAACAUGCUCAACCGGGUGACCGCCAACUACAACUCCCUCCAGAUGCACGUCCUCACACUGAUGCAGCAAAGGAACAACCAUAGAGGCCUCGGCGCUCCGGGCCAUGAGCUCAACGUUGAUCCGGAGAAGAGGGACCAGGACGGGAGCCAGCUGCUCCCGCGGCAGUUCAUCAGCCUCGGCACCGCCGCGUCACCCGACGAGCCACCGCUGCGCUCCGCGGGGGCGGACAUGCGCGGCGGCGACUGCUCGGCGUCGCCCAGCAACACGGACGCGGCCAUGCCGCCGCCGGCCGUGGACUACUGCCCGGGCAAGGGCAACGCGGCCACGAUCAGUAGCAAGGACGUCAUGCCGCUGCCGACGUUCGAUCACCACCACCACCACCACCGCGGCGGCGCGCACGAGAGGGACCAGAGGGGCAGCAGCCCGGAGGACCCGCCGCCGCACCACGUGCCGCAGGGAUGGCUCCACAGCAAGGUGCCCAAGUUCCUGCCCGCCAAGGGCCCCGAGCCGGUCCCCGAGGCCGCCACCAUGCGGAAGGCCCGCGUCUCCGUCCGUGCCCGCUCCGAGGCAGCCAUGAUCAGUGAUGGAUGCCAAUGGAGGAAGUACGGGCAGAAGAUGGCCAAGGGCAACCCGUGCCCCCGCGCGUACUACCGGUGCACGAUGGCCGCCGGCUGCCCGGUCCGCAAGCAGGUCCAGAGAUGCGCCGAGGACACGACGGUGGUGAUCACGACGUACGAGGGGAACCACAACCACCCGCUGCCGCCGGCCGCGAUGCCGAUGGCGUCGACCACGGCGGCGGCGGCGUCCAUGCUGCUGUCGGGCUCGAUGCCGAGCGCGGACGGCAGCCUGAUGGCGGGGUCCAACUUCCUGGCGCGCGCCGUGCUGCCGUGCUCGUCCAACGUCGCCACCAUCUCGGCGUCGGCGCCGUUCCCCACGGUGACUCUGGACCUCACGCAGCCGGGCCCGGGCGCGCAGCCGCCGCCGCCGCAGCAGCAGCAGCCGCACCCGGACCCCGCGCAGCUCCAGGCCGCGCUCGCCGACGCCGCGCGGCCGGCGGCGCUGCCGCAGCUGUUCGGGCAGAAGCUGUACGACCCCUCCAAGCUCUCCGCCGUGCAGGCCGCGGCGGGCACCGCCAAGGCGGCGCCGGCGGACGCGAGCGACACCGUCAGCGCGGCGGCCGUGAUCGCGUCGGACCCCAACUUCCCCGCGGUGCUCGCCGCCGCGAUCAAGUCGUACAUAGGCGCUAGCAGCAGCAGCGGCGCCGGCGGGAGCAGCGGGACUGUGCCGCCGCCGCCGCCGGCGAGCAGCGGCGGCGACAGCAGUAGAGACGACAAGAUCGGGGAGCCGGACAGCUGACGCGGUCGCCUAGUCUCGAUCGACCGUUUGGCUUCCUGCUUGAAGUUUUGUUCGUCGCGUGAGUUUCGUUCAGUUCGAGCUUUCGUAGUUGAGUUUCCUUCGUCUCCUCGCGGCAGGAGGCCAAAAUUUUGCUUAGUUUUCUACUCCUUUCGGUCGUUUUUUUGUGGCAAGAACUGGAGGGAGUAACAGUUUUUGUGCUUGCUAGAUCGUUUACUUAGAACUUAGAAGGGAAGAAAAUAUGCUCAAUUUUCAUGCGGCGUUCGCA